AUGCAUCACGCCCUCACUGUGUCUGAUAUUCUCCUUGAGAUCUUUCUCCAGCUUGCUCAGCGAGGCGACGUGGGCUCUCUUGCAGUUCUUGCCCGCACGUGCCAGACGUUCAAGGACCCCGCGCUCAACCUGGCAUGGGAACUACCUCAGCCCCUCUCUCGUCUCACUACCAUCCUACCGAAACAUGUUCUGGUAUGCGGCGAGGAAGGAAAGACUGUCAAUACUCGCCCUCUAUCGUCGGCAGAAUGGGACUUGUUCUAUGGCUACACUUCUCGUAUCCGCGAGAUCACCGUCUCGGAGCGGGGACCUACUGUGCAAUCUUUGCUCAGACUGCUGGCUUCUCGACCUACAGCUAUUGACUGCGCUUUCCCAAAGCUCAGGCGUCUCACCAUAGAAGAGUCCGAGGACGUUCCCGAGUCACCCGAGUACCGCUCCCUUCUCGGUCCAAAACUUGAGUCUCUAGAGCUCAACCUGUUUUCCAAAGUCUUUGAGGACGAAGUUGUGGAAGGCUCCGGUGGCGCUGCCGCAGCGGCCAUCAAUGCACUUCCGGACGUCUGUCCCGAUCUGAGGCACUUGGCAUUCUCGUGGAGCACCAAGAUCCACACAACUCCGACCUGGGCCGUCGAAACUCUCUCCUAUGUGGUUCCGCAAUUAAGGCACCUCCAGAUUCUACGUUGUCCAGCACCUGACAUCAACACAAUGAAUGCCAUUGGCCUUCUGCCGUCCCUCGAGGUCUUCACUCUCGAAUCGUCACCCAUAAAUGCUGAAACUCCAGGCGCCGCAAUGGAUAUCAUGGAUGCGUCUCCGCCGUACGAGUUCAAUCACCUACGUACUUUGAAGUAUACUUUCGAACACAUCAUCAACGCCAUAGCUUUCUCCUAUCAGUUGCAAAACUUUCCUUCCUCGCUUUCUAUCUCACUCUGCAUCCCGCCUCCACUGCCACUUCUUCGAAUGCUCUUACGCGUCCUCGGUCAGUUCCCCAUCUCCGACAUGCAUACCAUCAAGCUCAAACAGGAAUGUACUCGAGGGAACCCUGAGGGAUACAUUGACGAUGGCGAUGACCUCCGCGAGCCUGUGACGCUCAAUGUACUCCGGCCACUCUUAAGCCAUGUGUGCCUCUCCACGCUGGAGAUCGAUGUAAAGCUUGGAUUUGCUCUCACAGACGGGGACAUUGACGAUCUGUCUCUCGCGUGGCCGAACCUCCAGCAUCUUGCGCUAAUCCAGAAGGCCGGCUGGGAAGAGCCAACCGUAACGACUCAGGGGCUAUACUCUCUUGUCCGGAACUGCUCAUGUCUGAAGCGCCUCGAAAUAACCAUCAACGCUUCUCAGCUCGUCGCAGUUCCUUCAGCAAUACCGGCAUAUGGACACAGAAACGACCUGUUGGAUGCGCUAAACUUGCAAGAUUCACGCAUCGGUGAUCCAGUCGUUCUCUCAAUGAUCCUAGCGCGCCUCUUCUCCUCGAGCUCGUUCUCGCUGCUCUUCGGCCCUGAGGCGACGUUGUCGACAGGGAGACUGACGCAAGCACAUCGGUCGGCGGUUAUGUAUUGCAUUGAGCAGAGGCGCACGGCGGAGAUUGACUCGGGGCAGGAAGCAUGCGACUCGACGUGGCCGCCUUCCGGCGAUGUGGUCGCAAAGUUGGAGCGAGCGUACAAUGUCAACUUGGGCUUGACCCGGUAG